AUGAACAUGUUUCGACAAACCUCCUCAGGGGACAGAGCCAGUGAGAAUCGUACCCGUGCUACCUCCACGAGGAGCAGAAUCCAGGUCAACGGUGAAGCGGAGCAAGCAUCCAUAGAUGGGGAAGUUCGUCCUGCAGAAGUCAUCCCUGCUGCAGACGAGGACAGCAGCGUUGGCCUGCCCGAAAGAUCAUGGGGCAGGGGAGGGAGUGAACAACCGAACAGGUAUGCGGUCUGCAGGAGGUGCGGGAAGCAAGGAGUUGUCUGCCGCUGCGUCGGCGAUGAGUGGGAGCGACUCACGCAUGGGAGGGGAAGUGAAAACGCGGUGCACGUGAACGAGGAGACUAGGAGCCAUGCAGGGGAGCAUGAGAGCAGGAGGAAUGCGGGAGCCACUGGCACAACCUUGACGAUCCGAUUGCGCAUGCCUGAAUCAGGAGGAGGAGCAGGAGCAGGAGCAGGAGCAGGAGCAGGAGCAGGAGCAGGAGCAGGAGCAGGAGCAGGAGGAGCUAGAGGUCACGACGAACACUCCGAAGGCAGCAGGUCGCACCAGGAUUCAGCUCAGCCGGACUUUCUUCUCCCGGAAGGACUCUCCAUCCCCCCAGAGAUGCUUUGCCCCAUUAGCAGCGACAUAAUGAAGGACCCUGUUAUCUGCUCCGACGGGCACACAUAUGAGAGGGAAGCCAUCACACGGGUGAGGAGAGGACAAGCCGAGCAGUGUUGA